AGCCCCGCCCUCGUGGAACGUUUGGUAGCCAGUUUCAGAUUGCUACAGUCGCGCUCGCGUCCACGCUAUUUCCUGCUGCCGCUGGGGGGGCGGAAAGAUUCCUGCGCUCUGGCUCGCCGUCUCCCCCCGCCAGAUUCUUGCGUGGGGGGCCCCGGAUCCCUGAUCCCCUUAAACAAAAAUAAAUCCUGCUUGCGGGGGAAACGACGGACCGAGCCUCUGAGCUGCGCCUCCACAUCACAAGGACUGGAUUUAGGAUCUCUUCGUCUCCUGUUUCCUUCUCCCCCCAUCUGGGCAUGGUGCGCUGGGGAGGGGGGUGAAGGGGCUUUUCCUCAGCGCUGCUGACCCCCUCCGCCCCCCCAACCCGACCCGAGAGGGGUUUUACCGGCGCCGGAAAGCCUCCUUCCGAGGGGAGGGGGGCGGUGCGCGAGGGAAGGGAUCCCUGGAUCGCAUUGCAUUGCGGCUGUUGCUCCUAGGAGGAAGGAAAAAAGGUUUUGCUCCUUUUCGUCCAGCCCUUGCCCCCUCCUGCCCCCCCUUCCCCAUUUCCUCUACGCUCUUUUUUUCAUUUUAAUCCUCUGCUCGAUUUCGCCUCGGAGGGAACAGGAAUAUAUAUAUAUAUAUAUGAAUGACUAUGCUGCCUUGAGGACUCGGAUGCUGGCGGCCUCUUUUUAAAAGGAAAAAAAUAAAAACCGGGAGGCGGGGAAAAUCACCUUGCAGAGGAUCUCGAAGAAAACAGCUGCCCCUUCUGCCUCGUUUCCCCCUCGACCCUGCCGCAGCAUCACUCAAGCUGGAGCAUUAUGGAGCUGGAGAAUAUUGUGGCCAACACGGUCUUGCUGAAAGCCAGAGAAGGAGGCGGAGGGAAGCGGAAAGGGAGAAGUAAGAAAUGGAGAGAGAUUCUCAAGUUCCCGCACAUCAGUCAGUGCGAUGACCUUCGGAAAGGCCUGGAACGAGACUACAGCAGCUUGUGUGACAAGCAACCGAUUGGCCGGCAGCUUUUCCGACAGUUCUGCGAGACGCGGCUGGAGCUCCUGCGUUGUAUCCACUUCCUGGAUGCUGUGGUAGAAUAUGAGGUUUCCCCAGACGAGAAGCGGAAGGAAAUGGGAGAAGAGAUAAUCCGCAACUUUUUCAACAGCAAGUCCCCAGGCUACAUAGCAGAGAUCAGCCAGUCUCUUGUGAACCAUUGCACGGAGAAUCUGCAGAGAAGCGCCUGCAAAGACCUCUUCAGCAGCUGUGUGCAGCACCUACAUGAGUACCUCAGUGGAGCUCCUUUCACGAACUACCAGGACAGCAUGUAUUUUGACAGAUUCCUCCAGUGGAAGUACCUGGAGAGGCAAUCAGUGACCAAAGACACCUUCAGACAAUACCGGAUCCUUGGCAAGGGAGGCUUCGGAGAGGUGUGCGCGUGUCAGGUGCGGGCGACAGGGAAGAUGUAUGCCUGCAAGAAACUGGAGAAGAAGCGUAUCAAGAAGCGGAAAGGGGAGGCCAUGGCUCUGAACGAGAAGCAGAUCCUGGAGAAGGUCAACAGCCGGUUUGUGGUGAGCUUAGCCUACGCGUACGAGACCAAGGAUGCCCUCUGCCUGGUCCUCACCAUCAUGAAUGGAGGUGACUUGAAGUUUCACAUCUACAACAUGGGCAACCCUGGCUUUGACAACGAGCGGGUCACUUUCUAUGCUGCAGAGAUCUGCUGCGGCCUCGAGCACUUGCACCGGGAGGGCAUUGUGUACAGAGACUUGAAGCCAGAGAACAUUCUCCUGGAUGAUGAUGGUCAUAUACGGAUCUCAGAUCUGGGGCUGGCCAUCAAGAUUCCAGAAGGAGACACCAUCCGUGGCCGUGUAGGAACUGUUGGCUACAUGGCUCCAGAGGUGAUCAACAAUGAGCGCUAUUCCUUCAGUCCAGACUGGUGGGGGCUCGGCUGCCUCGUCUACGAGAUGAUCGAGGGCCAGUCACCAUUCCGCGCCCGCAAGGAGCGGGUGAAGAGGGAGGAAGUGGAGAAGCGGGUUCAGGAGGACCAGGAGCAGUACUCGGACAAGUUCUCUGAAGACGCCAAGGCCAUCUGCAAGGCGCUCCUGACCAAGGACCCCAAGCAGCGGCUUGGAGGGAAGGGAGACGAGGCCGCCCAGGUGAAGCAGCACCCUUUCUUCAAGACUAUCAAUUUCAAGCGCCUGGAAGCCGGGAUCAUGAAGCCCUCCUUUGUGCCAGAUCCCCGAGCCGUAUACUGCAAAGACGUGCUGGACAUUGAACAAUUUUCCACUGUGAAGGGUGUCAACUUAGACCAAACCGACAAUGACUUCUAUGCCAAAUUUGCCACUGGCAGCGUCUCCAUUCCAUGGCAGAACGAGAUGAUCGAGACAGAAUGCUUUAAAGAUCUAAACACCUUUGGACCAAACGGCACCCGCUCCCCCGACCUGGACUGGAAGCAGCUCCCCGACCCGCCCAAGCGUAGCCUCUUGCAGAGGCUCUUCCGACGUAACCCAAGUGACUUCACCAUCAGCGCCAACGCAAACUCCAACCUGUCAGCGGCUCCCUCGCCAGCCCGGCCCACAGCACAGGCUCCCUCCUGACCCAGAGGGCCUCUGGAGCCACCACUUGUCCUGUGCCUUCUCAGGGUUGCCUUCAGCACAGCGCUGACACCGGGGCGUCCCCGCGUAGCGCUGGACUCUACUACUGGCUAGGAGGUGGGGCAACACAGCCUUCUGACCAGCAGGAUGGGCAGAGCAGCAGCAACAAGCCUUCGACGCCUCCUGGUGCUGACACGGACUGACACGCCCUUGGGGAUCCCCAAGGAUGACUCGGUUACCCCGAAACCAGGCUGCUGCCCACCAGGGUCUUCCCCCUUUGCCCUCCACCCUCUGAUUGCCUAGAGAACCCACCCCUGUCCCAUGCUCCAUUCUCUCCAUCUCAGCUCCUACCACAACUCAUUACGAGACCACAGGUGUGCCUGGGAGGGGUUUUCUGUUCCUUGGAGAUUGUGAAGCCCAAAAAUGGGAAGAGAGAGAGAGACAGAAAGAGUGAGAGAGAAGAGGAACGUCAUCUGGUCAAAGCUGAAGACUUCUUGCUGUUCCACUGGCCUUUGUUUGUGGAGCUGGAAACUCAGAAUGCCAAAUGGAGACACACACAAAGGUGUGUGUGUCAAACAACAGGUUUGUUUUCGUUUAUGGAGCGUUUUUCAGGAAUCCCGCCCUCUCAAGACAACUCUAGAGCAUGGGGCUGUGUGCCAAAGGACAGCGGGGGACAAAGAGGCAUGAAGAGCACUCUCAGGUCCCGUUUCGAGGCAUCAAUGCAUUAACAAAGGAUCAGCAUUAAAACUGGUGGAGGUAGACCAUGCUGAGAGUAGCUGUGGACAGUACAUCAGGCCAGAUAACGUAACAGGCCGUCAACAUUUCCAGACCUCACUUUUAACCCCAACCUGCAACACGAAAGGACUCCCUUUUCAUUUUUCCUUACAGAAUCUGCUCCACUGAUUUCCUUCUCCUCUCUAUUAUUCUUGUCUCUCUCACUGUCUCCCAUUUCUCCUUCUCCUGUCAAAACAAGGUUGUGAUACUGCUUGGUAACACACCUGGAUUCAGGUCUCAGCCCAACAUCUGAAUGCCAAUGAAUUAACUGAUUGCAGGUUCUCUUCUGAGUGUGAUUGUGUUUGUGUGUGUUUUACAGCCCAGUCCUGUCUGGGUUUCCCCUGAAGAAAAGCCUACUCUAAACAUGUAGCAGGAUGAGGUGAGGAGGAAAUGACAGGUGGUUGAUAAUAUUCUUGAAUGCUGUGCUACAUUUAAUUAAACAUACCGCACCCCCACCCCCCGCAAAUAGAAAAUUAGCACAGCAGGAAGAGGAACCUUUGUCUCAGAUGUGCUUCUUUUCUACUUGCAUGAAGGGUUGGGGGGGGUGUUUCACCACAGGGGGACAUAAGUCAAUGUCAUCUGAAGCAGCACAGUCUAUUUGACCACCUCAGGAUUCCACCAGCUUGUUCUGUUAUAGGUUUAAAAUGGGCCUGGGAACUGAUUUACGUUGUGCAACUGACCUGAUCACAGUUUCUCUUCUCUCCCACCCCUGCAUGUAGUAAGCUAGCACAUCAGCGAGCGAGGAAGUGUUCAGAAGAGGGCAAACAACUGUGUGAUAUGUAGGUGCCCCACCUGACCUGCUCUCCAAGUGAGCAAGCAGUGAGCCAAGCAAGGAAUCGAAACUUCCACACACACCUUGCUUGCUUUCCCUUUGUGGGGGGCAAAGUUGGGCCCAUAGAGAGAAAGAGGCCACAAAAGUUCAGUCCAGGGGCUAACAGAGUCCAUGGAUUCUAUUAGAGGUAAAAGCUGGGGUGUCUCCACCACACAAAAAAAGCUAGAGCACUGUAUCCAAAUAACUUUAACCAGUGCUUUUUUUCUAAAAAAAAAUGUUUAGGGGUACUCUCAUUUUCCUACUUGUAUUGAAAUGCCGUCCCUCAGUGAGGCCAAACUUAGAUUCAAAUGUUUAGGCGUAUGUCUACCCCUGCAUCCCCCCCAGAAAAAAAGCACUGACUUUGCAAUUAGUAGACCAAUUAGUGGACCAGAUCCAUUGCAAUGAGUAGACCAAAGUUAAGCAUAUCUGUUAUUUUUAAUGGGUCUGUUCUUGGUGGCAUUCUGACACUGAAUGCCACUGCAGAGCCUUUGCUUUCCAAAACAACUUGCAAGGGGACCAGAUCCAGUGCGUUGUGCUUGAGGCCACUGAUUUUUGCGAAGGCUGAGGGGAGAUAGAUCUAUUUAGACCCAGAUAAACCCAGAAUUUCUCCUCUUUAUCUUAUCAUUUUGCUGUUUUGCAACCUGCUGCGCAAAGUGUGGAGCUCUGUUUCACCCCACUCGCUUAGCAACAGAUCUGGCCUUGGGGCAGGAAGGACUUUCCGAGUGAGGUGCCAGGGAGAAGUGCCAGCUCCUCGGCAGUUAGCCUUGGGCACAGGAGCUGCGCUCUGGUUUUUCAGAGUGACUAUCUCCCUGCUGCAAAAGGGGGGGCAGAAUCACUAUCUGAGGGUGGGGGGGGGGAAGCUGGGGUGCUGCAGAGACUGUGAGCUUUUCAAUUUUUUAAUUUAAAUAAGAAAAGCAAAGAUCACACAUGCACUGAAACCUCACACCAUGGCAAACCCCAACACAGAGUUUGCAUCUUAAAGUCCCUGGCACCUGUGGGGUUUUUUGGUGCUGGAAAUACAGAGGCAAUGGGGUGCUAUGACACCCCCUGCAAGCAAAACUUCCCCCUCCUAAAGAUGAUUGCCUGGGCCAGUUCUGUGCUUUUGGCAGCCGUACGUCAUGGAGGGAUUUUUGUUGUUGCAGCAGGUCUCCCUUGGAGGUAGAGCAACAGACUUGGACCUUGUGUGGUUAUUAAAAUGUGCAAGUUCGGGUGCCUUGAAAUCAGGCUUCCUCUCUUAAGUAAGGAUGUCUCCCUUUCUUUUGGCUAGUUCCCCAAUGAGGAUGCAUUCAGGUUAUUGCCCUCUCCUGACUUAUCAAAGGAGGGGGCUGUUUGCAUCCCCACUAGAAUGUUCUCUGCUCUAGUCCCACCCCCCUUUUUUGCUGCCCCUGCCAAAAUCAGUGCAGUCUUCUGGGUAUGGGGCAGAAAAAUUUGCAUUAAGCAAAUUUGCAUUAAGCCAGCUGACUGGCCACCCCUGUUUCGUAGCUUGCUCUCAAACGAGUCAGUUUAUAGCAGGUGUGGGGAACCUCUGCCCCCACCCAAUGCUGCUGAACUACAACUCCCAUCAUUGUUGGUCAUACUUGCCAGGACUGAUGGGAGUUGUAGUUCAGCAGCAUCGGGUGGGGGCAGAGGUUCCCUACACCUGAUGUAGCUCCUGCAGUUUAAAAAGCAGUUUGAUCUGCGAUGCACCUGCUGGACGGCUGUCCACCAGGGAUGACGUAGCAAUUGGAAGGGUUGGACAAGGGGACCUUGAAGUCAUUUCCAACUUUUUGGUUCCAACACAGACUCACCACAGGGUGAAAGUUUGCAUGCAUGAACGCAGGAGUUGUGGCAAGAGGGUCCAGAUGCACACCCCACAUUCCCAGAUUGUCGCAUAACUGCCCUAAACUCAGGUAGGUAGCUGUGUUGGUCUGCCAUAGUCGAAACAACAACAAACUUCUACCAGUAGCACCUUAGAGACCAACUAAGUUUGUUAUUGGUGUGAGCUUUCGUGUGCAUGCACACUUCUUCAGAUACACUGAAACAGAAGUCACCAGACCCUUAUAUAUAGUGAGAGGGUAGGGAGGGAUAUUACUCAGAAGGGUGGUGGGAAUGGCUGAUAGGUGUGGUAAGCCUGUGGAGAAAGUGUGGCAUAGUUUCCUUGCAUAUCCAGUAGGAUAAGUGGAUUGUAGAGGGUUCUUAAUUCUAUGACCCUUAGAUAUAAUGUCCAGGUUCUUGCAUUUAGUCAGAAAGAAGAUAUCAGUCUGUACCUGUGCAAGUUUCUUGGUGAGGUUGAUGGACUUCCAUUUCAUGCGGCUCAAGAGAGCUGAGUGGGAGUGCUCCUGUGUUCUCACUGUAUACAAGUUGUACAAGUGACAAUAAAGUAUUUCAAUUUCAAUGUGGUGUCUUCCAUAGUUCUAGUUACAGGUAGGUAGCCGUGUUGGUCACUUCUGUUUCAGUGUAUCUGAAGAAGUGUGCAUGCACACGAAAGCUCAUACCAAUAACAAACUUAGUUGGUCUCGAAGGUGCUACUGGAAGGAUUUUUAUUUAUUUUUUGCCCUAAACGCAGGUAAAUCACCCUUUGUUGAAGCUAGGAGGAAUAAGCCUGUGGCUUUUAUCUUGCAGCUUCAGCACUAUGCACACCUGUGAUCCUUGCAUCGGUCCGGAAAUGUCACCCCCUGGUUCUAGGCUGAAAUAAAGCUGGGAACAAUGUGGAUUGACAUAACAGAAAAGGGAAGCUCUGAUUUGGGAUUAUGAUAGGGUGCUUUAAGGAUUUAAAAAAGUGUUAGAGGUGUUUGCAGGUAGAUGCUUUAGGGUGUUUUGAGUUCCUUUCUCUUUCAAUUCCUCUACACACACACUUGGGCUGAGACAAGGCCUGGAUAGUUUAGGAAACCUGUUGGAUGCCAUCCUCAACCGAACAACAAUGCAUCUUUCAGUGUGUGUCAGAAGUUGGGCAUAGAAGUCCAUACAGUGUCUAUAAAAACGUGAGGAUAUGUAUUUUAGAGUAUUCCAACCAAUGGGCAACUUUCCAGACUUCCUCUACGCCUCUCUGCCAAUCACUGCCAGAUUUGAGUUGGGUGGGUGGGUGGGUGGGUUGUAUAUAUGAGAGAGAGACUUCAGUUGGGAUUAUCAUCCCCCCCCAAAAAUGCCUUUUCUAAAUUGCCAAAAUGGAAAUUGUGGGUCUCUGUGGGUACCCCCGGCUUCAGAGAACAAGAAGAUGUUCCAAAAGAACGCAAACAGGAGCUUAUGGGGAGGCAGCCCUGCAUUCCUCCAGCCAUCCUGGUCCACCGUGUGAUGUCCAUACAUGUCAAACGAAGAACCUUGAGUGACACCCGCACCUCUCAUUUAAAGCACACUUUAAAAAUCAUGGGAGAAUCCUGCGAACUGCAGGUUGAUAAGGCUGCUAUGAAUUGUAGGUCUGUGAGGUCAUCAGCACCCAUAACCCUUCCUGGGAUUUCUGGGGGAAACCACGACACUUGGAAGUGGAACAGGAGAGCUUUAAUUGCGUGGUGUGGAUGAGAUCUCCUCUCUCCCCAAAAGGAAUUCUUGUGGGUCUGGUGAUUCUCUGCACCCCAGACAGAUCUCCACAAAAGGACAUUGACAUCCCCCCCCACCUUAUAUUUCCAUCACUCUUUCCUUUUGCAUCCAUGUAUUUAGGGUUGGUUGUUGCAGGAUAUAUUAUUUUUUUAUUAUUAUUUUCCUUUUUCACUGUUUAUUUCUGAUUCUGGUGCAUUUUGGUUUACAUUUUGGCUUUUUAUUUUGUACAGUUGUAAAUAUUUGUAUGUUGAAUGCCUAGGUGUACAUUUUUAAGCUUUAAAAGCUGCAAGCCAAGCCAUGUGGUCAUGUUACCCAGAUGUUGCAGGGAUGUUUUUUUUUUCUCUUUUUAAUGGGGGAAUGUUGGGGGUGGGGGAAGAUUCAGCUUCUCUAAGUGAAGGGUGGGUAUCACUUUAUCCCAGUUGGGUGGGGAGGGAAGGGGUGAGAAAGGAAAUUACAUCAAUGAACUGGGCUUUUUUCUUUCCUGAUUUUAAAAUUUCUUUACAGAACAAUAUAUACAGUAGGGUUAUUGGGGAGGGGGGUUCUCCUUGUUACUUAUUCCCAGGGCUGUGUGUAAUCUGCACUGAAAAGAAAUAAAUAAAACAAUGCACCAAUGAAA